AUGGCGACCACAGCAGUACUGUUCCUAAUGGUCGUCGCGACAGUGGUAGGGCGAGAAGAUGUCCUCGCAUCUACCGCUAACCGCGACUUGCAUUGCGGCCGCCGCCUCGUGUCCGGGCUGUUCUCGCGGCCUCGUCUGCCGCUGGGAUACUCUUACGUGACCACUGUCCCCCGCGGCGCGUGCAGACUAAACGUCUCCGAAAUCGUCUCUAGCGAAAAUUACAUAGCACUAAGAGUAUCUAAUGGCUCUUACAUUGUAAAUGGCGAAUUCGCGGUGAGCGCUCCGGGCACCUACGAGGCAGUUGGCGCAAGAUUCAUAUACUCUCGAGCAGCCGGACUCGAUAAUAUUUUUGCGAUGGGACCUAUACACGAAUCUAUCGAUAUAAUGAUCUUGUAUACGCAACCAAAUCCGAAUAUAAAAUACGAAUACCUUACUGAUUCAAUGCCAGAUGAAACAAGUAACGAUAUCCCGACUGCAAGUAAUGUUGUAGAACAUCAUCAAACUCAGAGGCAUCAUCGACAUCACAAUGCCGAAUCACACACGAGAGUUUUGGAAAACUCUGCACCUUCACUUGCGAAACAACCAGAGGGUAAUUCCGCAGAAAGUCAAUAUCAAAUAGAAAGCAAUGUAAUCGGUGACAGACAAUUUGUGUGGAAAAUAUUGUCAUAUACACAAUGUUCGAGAACUUGUGGAGGUGGACUUCAGAUCGGAAAGUUUAAAUGUGUUGAAAUAGAUGGUAAAGAGGAUCGUGAAGUCUCUCCAGCACAUUGUACUGGGUCUCCACCUCAGUCUCGUCGUAGGAGAUGUGGGGUCGCUCCCUGUCCUCCACGUUGGAGGGCGGCCGCUUGGGGUCCUUGUCCCGUCUGUGGUCCAGCUCACCGGACUCGAAUUGUAGGAUGUGUACAAGAUCAUGCACGAGGAAUCACUAAGAUAAGCGACCAAAAAUGUCCAUUACCUACGCCACCAAGUAAGGAACUCUGUGAUGUACCCAAUUGUGAUGGCACACCUGCUAAUGCUAACAGUUCACCACGACUCGACGCGCGCCGUCAAAUCCGACCAUAUGACAACAUCGACACAUUCAGAGAAGGACCAGUAAUAUCACUUGCUACUAAUGUAUCGGAUAAUGAAAUCAGUCCCUUAGAAGAACCGAAAUAUAGCUUCAGCGCUGCCGGUGGAUGGUUGUAUACUGAAUGGUCACAGUGCGUGGGAUGGUGUGUCGGAGGCGGAGUGCAGAGCCGGGGGGUCCGGUGUUCAGAAAUAGAAGGAUGUUCAGCUCAUCGUGCUCCACACUCCACACAAGCUUGUUCUCCAAAGAAACAAUGUGAUGCGCAAUGGUUUACUGGUGACUGGUCGCCUUGUUCAGCGAGUUGCGGCGGACGUCAAAUACGGGGGGUAAUUUGUAUAGGAGGGAACGGGAGAAGGUUACGCGAUGCCUCUUGUAAAGCUCCUAAACCAGAAUCGGAGAGAGACUGUGGUGGAACCUGUGCACCUUCCUGGUAUCUUAGUGAUUGGGGAGAAUGCACGGGUCCCUGCGAGGCGGGCUUACAGAAGCGCACGGUGCGGUGCGCGCGGGGCGGCGCGGCGGGCGCGGCGGGCGGGGAGGCCUGCGCCGGCGCGCGGCCGGCGGCGCGGCGCUCCUGCGUGCCCGAGCGGUGCACCUCCAAGCCUGUCGUCAAACCUGCCACUGAGCUCGCUAUAGAUCCACAGCAGCGUGUCACGCGCCACCAGACCCUAAACACCCAAAAUGUUAGACAGCGUUCGUUUAGCAACGCGGACGGCGCGUGCGUCGACAAGCUGAGCAACUGCGCGCUGGCGCUGCAGGCGCGGCUCUGCCACUACCACUACUACGGCGACAACUGCUGCCACUCUUGCCACGGACGG